AUGGCCUCUUCUUCUCUUCCUCUGCAUCACCCCUCCCAUUGCCUCACCUCCAAUCCUCAGUUGAAAGGUUCCAACUAUGGAUGGUCACCACGACCCGGAUAUACUGUCCCUACUAAAGACGCAGUAAAAGGCAUUCGAAUUCAACCCAUUAAAGCAAAAGCAGCCACCGAAGCUCCUCCGUUUUCUUUGUUUCAGCCUCCUGAAGCUGAAGGGUCUGCCUCUGAGUUGGAGCCAGCGGAUCCUGAUUUCUACAAGAUAGGGUAUGUUAGAAGUAUGAGAGCUUAUGGAAUUGAAUUUAAAGAAGGGCCAGAUGGGUUUGGAGUUUAUGCUUCCAAGGAUGUUGAACCACUUCGCCGGGCUAGAGUAAUAAUGGAAAUUCCACUAGAACUGAUGUUAACCGUAAGCCAAAAGCUCCCAUGGAUGUUUUUUCCAGAUAUAGUACCAGUGGGUCAUCCAAUAUUUGAUAUCAUUAACUCAACUGAUCCAGAGACAGAUUGGGAUCUGAGGUUAGCAUGCCUUCUUUUGUACGCAUUUGAUCGGGAAGAUAACUUUUGGCAGUUGUAUGGUGAUUUUUUACCCAGUGCAGAUGAGUGCACCAGCUUGCUUCUAGCUAGUGAGGAGGAGCUUUCAGAGCUGCAGAAUCCCAAUCUUGCUUCAACUAUGAGAGAACAGCAACGUCGAGCCUUGGAAUUUUGGGAAAAAAAUUGGCACUCUGGUGUACCACUAAAAAUUAAACGCCUUGCUCGUGAUCCUGAGAGAUUCAUUUGGGCAUUGAGUAUGGCACAAUCACGAUGCUUUGGCAUGCAAAUGAGAAUUGGUGCACUUGUUCAAGAUGCAAACAUGCUAAUUCCAUAUGCAGAUAUGCUAAACCAUUCCUUUGAGCCAAAUUGUUUUUUCCAUUGGCGUUUUAAGGAUCGCAUGCUUGAAGUGAUGAUAAAUGCUGGAAAACGGAUUAAGAAAGGUGACGAGAUGACUGUCAAUUACAUGAGUGGACAACAGAAUGACAUGUUGAUGCAAAGAUAUGGUUUCUCUUCACCUGUGAAUCCUUGGGAUGUGAUUCAGUUCUCUGGAAAUGCACGUAUUCAUUUGGAUUCCUUCUUGUCAGUAUUCAAUAUAUCUGGACUUCCUGAAGAGUACUAUCAUAACUGUCGCCUAUCUAAUGAUGGAGAUACAUUUGUUGAUGGAGCAAUCAUAGCAGCGGCAAGAACAUUGCCCACUUGGUCAGAUGGGGAUGUGCCUCCAAUCCCAAGCAUGGAAAGAAGAUCUGUAAAGGAGUUACAGGAAGAAUGCCGACAGAUGCUUGCAGCGUAUCCUACUAACUCUAAGCAAGACCAAAAAAUUCUAGAUUCGAUGUCAGAUGCUAGUAGGACGCUUGAAGCUGCAAUCAAGUAUAGGUUGCACAGGAAGUUGUUCGUAGAGAAGGUCAUGCAAGCGCUGGAUAUAUACCAAGAGCGGAUGUUAUUCUGA